ACACUGCACUUGAUUGUUGUUAGCAGCUACGACUCGUCAAGGUGCACAGAUACGAGUUACUCCAGAUACUCCAGAUAGGUGUGUGUUUGGGUGUAGUCUCAUUAAACACUCCCUCAUGUCGUGGAGUAUGUCGGUCAGCACGGCUGGCUUUGUAGCUUCCACCGUUUUGCAUCUCAUGUUACAGCAAGAAACAGCGGCUAGCUAACGUCAAUGUGCAGCUUCCUCUUUUUUAUAAAACUCGCUUUACAGAAUUUUUCAGUCCAAGCUGUAGCAUCCAGAUUCAAAGAGAAUACUUCCCAGCUUUUGCAGCAGAUGACAGGGGACGCCAGGACUUAAAGCAUUCCCACUAUUUACUAGUAGACUGACAGACUGAUUGACUGCUGGACCAAAAAGAAGAUGGACUAACUGUCACAACUCUCAUCAAUCCCUCACCUCCCUCUUAUCACCCACCUGUGUGGGGCCAUUGGAUGCCCUAAGGCAGCACGAGUGAUGCCAGGUGGCAGGCAGACUGCUAGGCACCCGCUGUGGCGCCUCUUGUCACCAUUCCGCAGCCACCAGGAGCGAGUGGUGCUGGCCCGCAGCGAGAGCCUGCCAGGGGAGCAGGUGUUAAAGAUCACAGUCACAGAGACUACUGUGAUAGAGGCGGAGUCAGGGGUAUGGAACUGGCGCUCCCUGACCUACCUGGGCCUUUGGUACUUCUUCAGCUUCUGCACCCUGUUCCUCAACAAGUACAUCCUGUCACUGCUAGAGGGGGAGCCAAGCAUGCUUGGUGCAGUUCAGAUGCUCUCCACCACCGUCAUCGGCUUCAUAAAAAUGUUUGUGCCCUGUUGCCUGUACCAGCACAAGUCCAGAACUGAGUACCCCCCCAACUUCAUCAUGAUCAUGUUGUUUGUUGGGCUCAUGAGGUUCAGCACAGUGGUUCUGGGCUUGGUGAGCCUGAAGAACGUGGCAGUGUCUUUUGCAGAGACCGUGAAGAGCUCAGCACCCAUCUUCACUGUCAUCAUGUCCAGGCUGAUCCUGGGAGAGUACACAGGACUGUGGGUGAACCUGUCCCUGUUGCCUGUCAUGGCCGGUCUGGGUCUCUGCACAGCCACGGAGAUUAGCUUCAACAUGCUCGGCUUCUCCGCCGCUCUCUCCACCAACAUCAUGGACUGUUUGCAGAACGUAUUCUCCAAAAAACUGCUAAGUGGAGACACAUACAAAUUCAGCCCUUUAGAACUGCAGUUCUAUACCAGCGCAGCAGCAGUCAUCAUGCUUAUACCUGCCUGGGUGUUCCUCCUGGACAUCCCAGUGAUCGGGAAGAGUGGGCGAAGCUUCCUCUUCAGUCAAGACAUUGUCCUGUUGCUGCUUUUCGACGGUGGCCUGUUCCACCUGCAGAGCGUCACUGCCUAUGCUCUCAUGGGACGGAUUUCCCCCGUUACCUUCAGUGUUGCCAGUACUGUCAAACACGCCCUGUUGGUUUGGCUGAGCAUCAUCGUGUUCAGUAACCAGAUCACUAUCCUCAGCGCCAUCGGCACCGUCCUCGUGUUCAUCGGGGUCUUUUUGUACAACAAGGCCAGGCAGUUCCAGAGGACAACCUUACAGGCCAUGGCUCCUGAGCACAACCACAAACCACUUCUGCAGGACCAGAAUGUCCAAGCCCCUCAGUCACACUGAGGACUCGACAAUUUACACUAAAAUGCAGCCUGAAAUGAGAUCAAGGUCUUAACAAAAUUCAGUUUGCUUACCUGUGGCUGUCCAGACAGCAUGCCUGGACACAUUCCAGUUUGUUUUGUUUUCCCAGGGUCCAUUUAGUGUCAGUGUCAUGUCCUAGAGCUUAAGGUAAACCUUGGUGACUGGCUUGGUACAGGUCAAUGUCCGUUUGACAAAACCAUCCCUAGUCCUGUGGAGCAGCUUAGACAGUAUUUAUUUGUCCCUUACCUGAUUACGUACUUGUCUAUCUGUAUCUAAUCAUCCUUGAUCCUUUGUUUAAUAUCGGUCAGUAAAAGGGGAAGCUCAGGGUGUCCUUCAGCUUUUUGAAGGAAUUUACUUUCUUUGUCUUACAUUUGCAUUCCAGAGUGUGCUGGUUUAUCUUUCAUCUGUGGUACAGCGGCUGCUGAUUGUAUGUUAUUGUAAAUAUGUGUAAAGCAUUGAAGCUGUAAGAUUUUAAUUCUGUGAUGGUGUAACAUACACUGUAUCACACAAUGGCAAAUUGAUCUUGAUUGCAUCUUAAUAUAAGAUGUGAAUAGGGCACAAGGGCCUGAGAUGGGAGGCCUUUUGGAGGGUUGUCCAGCCAAAGCAUAGACUUAUCAUUUUUUGACACAUUCUUUUAAACUAUGUUUGGAACAUUUGAAAGCCACAUACUGCAUUCUAGGAAUGCUCAUCCUCCAUAAUGAACUGUUGCGGUUGUAUGUAAGGGUUUAUGUUCUUGCAUUUUUUUUUAUGUUUAAUGGUUUUUUUUUGUAAACUGACUGUCCCCCAAUGCAUGCUGGGAUAGCAGCCCCGGGGACCAUCAACAGGAAAAGAGCCUUAGAGAAUGAAUGGAUUGAUGAGCUGCUGUAGAUCACACAUUCAUAAUCUUUAAGAAAAAUGAUUUAUUACAACAUGAGUUUUAUUUUUGUAGCUCGGCCCAUCGGCUCUGUCGGAUAUGUCCAACAGUCAGGCGAUCAAACAGGUUUUAAAACAAACCCCCAAGUUAGUGACAUUAGAAGGUAAACUGUAAAAUUCAUACACAAACUGUCUGUUGUAAACAUCCAGUUUACAAACCAACUUCCUGGUUCAAGCAUCAACUCAGUUUUCUUGUGAGGGGGACAUUAACGUACAAAUGCACUCACUUUUUUCCCUGUUUUUACAGUAUGUCAAAAAAACGUUUUUCUUGUUCACAAGCUGUCUGAUUGACAAAAUCAAUAAAACCCAACUUGUAUGUUUACCACAUGCCACAUGCAUCAAACCCCGGUUACUUUAUACAAGUAGGAUUCAGUGUAAAAACCUACUGCUGUGAGCCAUGCUGUGGUUGUUGCUACUUUUAAACAUACUGUAUGAUACGAACUGUGAAAUUCACAUUCAGUAAGUGACUUUCCCAUGUUGACCUCUAGCCAAAAAUGGCUGCAUUAUAAUAAAUAAAUAAUUGAACAUA